GGCCAUGCCCAGGAAGGCGGCGGCGGCGGCGGCCCAGCAGAAGGGACUUUCCUGGCAGCCCGGCGACAAGGAGCGGGGUCUGUGAGUUUGCUCUGCCCCGGUUCAUGGUUCCUGCAAGCCCUCCGAGAGGACGAACGCUGCAGCCCCUCCCCGCGCCCCGAAGAGCCGCCUGCGUCCUCUGGCCCCCGGGCCCGCUCCGCGCCGCCCGGGCUCCGGCCGCCGCAGCCCAGUGCCCUCUGCCCGCGGCGGUGGAUGGCAUGAUGGUGCGGGGAAGGCACCGAGGCCUUGGCCAGCUGAGUCGCGACGGCCGCGGGGGCGGCGGCAUCGGCAGCGGCGGUGGUAGCGGGCUCCCCAGCGGCAUGCCAGUGCCCCCCGGGCGCGAUGGCUAGCGGCAGCGCUGGGAAGCCCAGUGGCGAGGCGGCUUCUCCGGCUCCAGCGAGCGCCGUCGGCGGGGCCUGCUCGCAGCCGCGGAAGAGGCUGGUGUCCGUGUGCGACCACUGCAAGGGCAAGAUGCAGCUGGUGGCCGACCUGCUGCUGCUGUCGAGCGAGGCGCGGCCCGUGCUCUUCGAGGGCCCCGCCUCCUCUGGUGCCGGCGCCGAGUCCUUCGAGCAGUGCCGGGACACCAUCAUCGCGCGCACCAAGGGGCUCUCCAUCCUCACCCACGACGUGCAGAGCCAGCUCAACAUGGGCCGGUUCGGGGAGGCGGGGGACAGUCUGGUGGAGCUGGGCGACCUGGUGGUGUCCUUGACCGAGUGCUCCGCGCACGCAGCUUACCUGGCGGCCGUGGCCACGCCGGGCGCGCAGCCCGCGCAGCCGGGCCUGGUGGACCGCUACCGCGUGACGCGCUGCCGGCACGAGGUGGAGCAGGGCUGCGCCGUGCUGCGCGCCACCCCGCUGGCCGACAUGACCCCGCAGCUGCUCCUGGAGGUGUCGCAGGGCCUGUCGCGCAACCUCAAGUUCCUGACGGAUGCGUGCGCCCUGGCCAGCGACAAGUCCCGGGACCGCUUUUCGCGCGAGCAGUUCAAGCUGGGCGUCAAGUGCAUGAGCACGAGCGCGUCGGCGCUGCUGGCCUGCGUGCGCGAGGUGAAGGCGGCGCCCAGCGAGCUGGCGCGGAGCCGCUGCGCGCUGUUCAGCGGGCCGCUGGUGCAGGCGGUCAGCGCCCUGGUGGGCUUCGCCACCGAGCCGCAGUUCCUGGGUCGCGCGGCGGCUGUGAGCGCCGAGGGCAAGGCGGUGCAGACCGCCAUCCUGGGCGGCGCCAUGAGCGUGGUGUCGGCCUGCGUGCUCCUGACCCAGUGCCUCAGGGAUCUGGCGCAGCACCCCGACGGGGGCGCCAAGAUGUCGGACCACAGGGAGAGGCUGAGGAACUCGGCCUGCGCCGUGUCUGAAGGCUGCACCCUGCUAUCUCAGGCUUUAAGGGAGAGGUCUUCGCCCAGGACUUUACCGCCAGUGAAUUCCAAUUCUGUGAAUUAGCACCCCUCCCCCACCCUCAUCCCCUUCUUCCACCCCCCAGGCUAAAGGAAGAUACUUACUCUGCCCCUCUCCAUGUAUACCAAAGAAAUCAAAGGUGAAGCUUCCCCCCCCCCCCACGUUAAAUGCUCCAGAGGAAUCUUCCGGAAGGGAGGGCCAUGCAAACCAUUUACACACACACCUGGAGGGCCCCUGGAGCCCAGCAGUCCCUACACAGUAGGGACCAGGAGAUGGGAGAUGUGUCGGGGGUCUGCUGGUUGCGGUGUGACCCCCGCCCCCUACCCCAGCUCCUCCUCGAGAAUUCCUCAACUAAAUUUUAUUAUUAAUUGGGCAGGAAGGAGGUCGUGGGUUCAUUUCUUUUUUUUUCCCCCCUAAUUAAAAGAAAGGUUACCUCAGUUUUCACUCCUUAGACAUGGAUGUAGCUACCUUUUUUGUAUGUUGUUAUUUUUUUAAGCAAUCAUGAUGGAUUAGGUGUAUACUUGGUGUGGAAAGAGUAUGACUUUGCCAUGUGAUUUGCAAAUGGGGGGAAAGCUACUGUGAGUGUGUGUUUUAUUUUUUAAUUUACACUAUAGAGUGAUUCCCCCCUCCCCUGCCCCCCCGUGUCAAGUUUUUACCUUGCAUGUACUGGAGUAUUUAUUUCAACCAUUAAAAUGUUAUGUUUCUCAGAUGGC